AUGGAAGAAGGUGAUGUAUUCGCCAUCGAAACCUUCGGCACCACGGGCAAGGGUUAUCUCAGAGAUGAUGUAGGAGUCUGCGGCUACGGCUGCAAUGAGCAUGCUAGCGCUGCUAGGCUUCAUAAUAACUUUGCCAAGUCACUGCUCGAAAUCAUCGAUGAUAAUUUCGGCACUCUUGUCUUCUCCAGGCGGUCCCUUGAGUAUAGAGGAGUGAAAAACUACCACCUAGGCAUAAGAUCACUUGACUCGAAUGGCAUUGUUGAGUCCUAUGCACCGAUGGUGAUGUUCCUGGCUCUUAUGUCGCGCAGUUUGAAGAUACUGUCCUACUGCGGCCCAAUUGCAAGGAAGUAA